AUGAGCACAGACAAUCGUCCAUCACGCAGGCUGAUAAGAGAAGACAUCAGAAAGAGAUUGGUGCAAAAUCCGAACCCUGAAGUUAUCGAUCAAAUAGACACAUUCAUGUUCCACUAUCUCCACGAAAGAGGCUUUCAUAACGUAAUUGAAAGGUAUGUUGUUUUAACCAUUGAAAAUAAUAAUUCAGUUAGUCUGGAAGUAGCGUUAAACUUGUUCAAUAAGAGAAGAUUGAUCCGAUUUAUCCAAGGUGGUGAUUUUGAAAAGGCUAUUAAUUACCUUAACCAAUGCAAAAAAUUUAUACGAGAUGCUGAAUUUAACACUGUUAUGCGUAGAAUUCUCUAUGCAUACUUUCCGUGUUUAAUGUUAAAAGGAGAGACUGCCAGAGCUAUGAAGUUGAUUACUGACAUGGAAAAUAUGGGUCUUUAUGAUCAGGAAGCUAAACUCAAGUAUGGAGAUUUGUUAAAAUUCGAAAAACUUUCGAAUGUGAUCUCAAGAGAAAUGGUAAUCAGUAAAUGUGCAGAGGUUGUCACAAAAGAUUUGGAAAAUAUUGAAGAUCAUUACGGAGCAGAAAACCAAGACAUUCCAACAAAAUAUGAGAAACUAGAUCCUACUUCAUUAAUCUUAAAUAUGAGUAAUGUAUUCAACGCAGAGCCUCCCUCUUUCACACAAACAGGCAAUACAUAUCAAAUGGUAGUUGACAAUCAACCUUCCAGUAUUUGGAGUGACUAUUCUCGUACUGAUAGAUCUUCUACUAAAAAGAAGAGAUCUUAUUAUGAAUAUGCCACCGAAAAUCCAGGAAAUAUUGUUGCUAAUAUUCCAGAACCGUCAACUCCUUCCUUAAAUCAACAAAAGCACAAAUACUCUAUCUCCAUUUUGGAUACUGCUGAGGUGUUCAAAGCACCUGUGCAUACUAUUAUUUAUGCACCUCCUCAAAAACCACCAAAAUCAAAUUCUAGGUUAAUGUUCUUAUCAAAGCAAGGAAAUAACUUGUCUGCAAAGACCUUCAAGACAGCAAAUGAAAAAUUACAGGAUGUUCCAAAUUAUCUACUGGAUGCAAAAUAUGCUAACUUUUUACAAACCAAGAAUGAUUUACUUCCAGCCUACACAUUUGGUGUCAAUACAGUGUUUAUGGAAGCAGUGAAGGAUGACAAAUUUUUAUUAUUUAAAUUGGAAACAGACAAGUACUUUUUAUGGGAUGCACAAAUGGUUGAUGUUAACAUGACAUCAAUUUUAGUAGAAAAAGAUACAAGCAAGCCUCUUGUUGGAACAUUUGAUGGUAGAUUGGCAUAUAUGAAGUACGAACACGAAUUCACUUCUUUGAUUAAACUUGGAGAUAGUCCAAUCAUUAGAUUACUAGAUUGUUCUGAGGGUGAUCUUAAUCUUAAGUAUGCUCUUGCAAGAAAUGGGUGCAUUUAUAGGGUUGAUAUUAAUGCCAAAGGGGAGGUUCUACCAAAUACAGUGGUGAAGUAUGACUCAAACAUUUGUCAAGGAAAUGAAAUUCCAGAACUGCACAUUAAUCCUGACAAGAAGACAGAGCUAGUUCUUAGAUGUGGUAAUUCCAUUCAAAUAAUUACAUGUGGAAAAAAACCAAAUGCUGGAGUAGUUCAGUUUUCGAAACAACACUCCAAAGAUAUUCCAGAUUUAACAUGCAUUUGUUUCAGCCAUGAUGGAUCAUAUAUAUUUUAUGGUAAGACGAAUGGUGAAAUACAGGUUGUUACCACUCCAAACUUGUUACCAAGAAGUACCUUGACCACCCUUUCGAAUGACUAUGCUACCUGUAUAUCUUAUUGUCCAGAUCUAAAAGAUCCAACACAGCCAAAGGAAUCAACUGGUUAUCUUGCUAUUGGUACCAAUUCAGGCAAAGUUGUAUGGUUAAGUUUAAAUACCAAAUAA